AUGCUCAGCUGGAGACCUACAGUUGAUGACAGUGAGAUUAUCAAACAAGCCUUUAUAUCUCAAGAAGUCGACGAACCAGCAGCAAACAUAAUGUUGGCAUCUAUCUCGGACUCAACCAUCAAACAGUAUAGCAACACCUACAAGUUAUGGUCCAAAUACUGUGCAGAAAACAAUUUGGAUGUCUUCAGAGCGCCAGUCAUAAAGGUAAUACAAUUUCAACAAGAAUUAUUUUUCAAAAGAAACCAUCUCUACAUUCAACAGCCAUAG